UUUCACAGUAAUCGCUCGACUUGGCUGGUUGUGUUGCCGGUUUGUUCCAUAUAUCGCUUCCAUCUGUCGCAGUGAAGCAUUGGCAGAAAAGUUGCAAAGUGAAAAAGAAAAGUCUAAAAUCUGCCCCGCAAAAGUACAGCCCCGGUUAUGGCGGAUGUAGUGGAGAAGCGAAAACUCGCCGAGUUGCGUGUGGUUGAUUUGAAACAAGAGCUAGAGAAACGAGGAAAAGAUGGAAAUGGAGUGAAAAAUGUGUUGCUAGAGCGGUUGACUCAGGCUUUAAAAGACGAAAAGAAAAAUCCGGAAACCUACGAGUUUGAGAUCGUUGCAGCGGGAAAAACUCCUGCCAAGAAGGGUAAGCCCGGUUCUGGAAACACCAAAGGCGAGAACGAUGCGGAGUCUACAGCUAACGCAGAUGAUGCAAAUGGUGAAGGUGGAGCCGAUCUGAACCUCGAUGAGAUGACAGUGCAGGACGAGUGUAAAGAUGGGGAAACCAAGCAGGAAGCCAAAGAAAAUGGCAACCCAGAUGCGGAUAAGGGAGAGAAGGCUAAAACUGAUGGGGAAAACAAAUCCGCCACCAAUGCGACGGAUGCUGAUAAGGGUGGAAAAGACGAAACCAAGGAAGCAGACAAUGAGGAUUCGCUCAAUUUGACUAUCGGCGAAGAGGAUGAAAAAUUGCUGCAUGAUGACAGCAAUAUUGAAAACGAUAAGAAAGGUAAUGAAGCUGGAAAAGCUGCAACAGCGGAAUCCAAGUCUGUCGCAAAAUCUGAUGAGGACAAAAAGGCGGAUAAAAAUGAAACCUCCAGUGAUAAAACGGCCGCAUCCAAAGAGGAAAAAGAGAGUGGAAGCAGCAAAACGUCUAGCUCUGCAAAGUCAGCAGGCGAUUCCAAGUCCAAUUCGUCGCCGAGCUCAAACGAAAAAUCGUCCGGCUCACCUUCGACGGUUUCUCGUAACCUUUGGGUGUCGGGAUUAUCCUCGCUAACGCGGGCAACCGAUCUGAAGCUGAUUUUCUCCAAGUAUGGUAAAGUGAUCGGUGCGAAGGUAGUAACAAACACCCGGACGCCUGGAACUCGCUGCUAUGGUUACGUGACGAUGGCUUCGGCGAAGGACGCCACUGAGUGUAUCACCCAUUUGCACCGUACCGAACUACACGGCCGCAUGAUCUCGGUUGAGCGGGCCAAAUCUGACCUAGGACCAUCCAAACCAGCCGCCGCCAGUACCAGUGGUGGUAAGUCGGAGUCGUCUGCAAAAUCAGUAGAUGGUGGCGAUAACGAGUGCAAAGACAUAAGUGACGAUAGAAGGCGAGAUGACCGCAGGAGAGAUGAUAGGCGCUACUAUCGAAGUCGGUCUCAGUAUCGAGGCAGAUCACCAACGAGGACAAGAUCACCAAUACGUGGCAGAUCGCAGGUACGCAGUAGAAGCAGUCCUCCGAGAGAUGAUAAGGCGAAAGACGACAAAAGAGAAAACAGCAACCACAAGGACGAAAAGGACACUGAGGGCGCUAAGAAGGAUGAUGAACGCAAUUCGCGGGACCGCCAUAGCCGAGAAGCUGAUCGUCGUGAUGGUAACCGAAGUCGCGAUCGGGAGCGUGAGGUGCUGUCGUUGCAGAAGAUUCGCGAAGAGCGCGAAAGGCAAAGGCUUCGAGAGAAGGAACGCCAACUGCGCGAAGAGGAUCGUCGUCGCCGGGAGAUCCGUGCUCGCCAGCGUGAGGAGGAGCAACUGCUGCGCCGUGAGCGGGAAAAACUCGCAUUGGAGCGGGCCCGCAUAGAAAAGGAGAAAGCCGACUUGCUGCGCAUUGAACGCGAACGCCAGAAGCUGGAACGGGAGAAGAUCGAACUCGAGCGACUGGAACUGAAACGUCAGCAAAGGAAGAUUGAGGAGGCGAAACGGAACCUGAAGCGCCCGUCAACGGAUCAUACGCACUACGAUGAUGAUCGUAAACGCUCGGUAGGAUCAGAUAGACGUUUCGAAGCGCCCCCUCCUCCUUCGAUCUCAUCCUCAGGUCGUGGAGCCUAUGUUCCGGUGGAGAAAAAACGUCUGGACGACUAUCCGCCAUCCAAACGGGAUGAGUAUCCUGCUAAACGGGAUGAUUACAAAUCGCGUGACGAUUAUAAGCGCCCCUCGGUUGACGAUUAUCGCCGGGGUGGAGACGGAUUCAAGCGGAAUGGCGGGGUUAUUGAUGAUUACAAACGGGACCUGGAUCGACCCAUGCAGACCAUUGACAGUCGUUAUCCGGAUACUCGCUCCAGCGGCGCCGGAGGCGGUGAUUAUCGCGGCAAUGGCGGUCCCCGCGAUGACCGCGAUCGCAGUGGCCCAGUACCAAAGUCACGCUAUAUAGAUCCGGUUGAAAGCCGCUAUCAGGAUCGCUCCAGUGGUGGUAGCGGGGGUGGUAGUGGUGGACCAUGGCACAAUAAUGCCGGACCUCCGCAAAUGAGCAUGGCACCGACAAUGGCGAACGAUGGCUGGCGGAUGGAUAAUGGUCAGGAUCGUUACGAUCGCACAUACAACGAGAGGAAAGCCCCGCAAUUGAAUGCUGGACCUUUUAUGGAUCCCUCGAGGCAAAGUCAGUUUAUGAGUGGUGGUGGCGGUCGACCGCAGGAUAGAUACGGUGCACCUGUUUCUUCCGGACGCUUUGACAAUGGUCGUUAUUAAUAAGUGAAGUUAGAUACACCAUGCUAUGCAGUGUAUUUUGCUAUCAUUCCCUGCGUGGAGAAAAAGUAUGCGUAGGAUAAGUGAUAGCGAUAGCGUUUCCAAAAUGAACGCUAUUGCUGCACUGUUAGUAGCUUUAGCCACUGUCUUAAGUAAUAAAUAAUUAAGAUCGAUGAGAAGAGAACGGCUAUAACAUGUAAACGGUAAACAGACAUAAAAACGUUGAUUUUAGUCAUUAAACCAUCUUUACUAAUUAAUCUAGUAGCGGUAACCUAUCGUUUCUCGGCUACCAUUGAUGUGUGGUUGUUUGAUGUAAACUGUGUCAUUUUCCUGUAAUGAUAACGAUUUAGGCUAAGGCACAACAAAUGAAGUCAAUAAACUGAUUGAAAUAAUAAUGCAGUAAGGUACUUAAA